AUCAGCAACAUGAGCAGAAUAUGUAGCGUGUUUGGCCGGAGGCUGAUCUUCAGGUGAUCGUUGGUUUUCGAUCACUGACCACAUAGGCUCAAAGAAUCACACCAGACGUGCCUUGCAUCAAGCCAGACUUCACAAUCACUGAAUCGUCCACUGGGAUGAUCCAGCCGUGCAGCAUUCAGUCGAAGAAAAGUCAUGGAGAGCUCUUGCAUUGGACAUCAUAAGCUCCGACUUGCUAACUCAUCGCCUGCUUGUUAUAAAACCGCCGGUCUAUGACUCUGGCUCAAUCAUCCGCAUCAACCCUUUCUGCAGCAGACCUCAGCAGCAUCGCAUCGCCAUCUGGAGCAAGCGCCUUGGUUAAAUAACAGCAGCCAAGCAGACAGCAAAACACACGCUACCACGAUGAUUUCGACGAUGAUAUUUUUGGCCUUGAGUGUUGCUGGCUUGCUGCCCUCCUUUGUCUCCGGCCAGGCGCAAAACAACGUGACUUGCUACGUGAACCGUCCUCCCCGUCCGAUCGAUUUCCGGGACUGCCAAGGUGCCUUGAAUAAGAUCGUCUACGAUCAAUAUAACCGUCUCGACUCUGUAUCCGGAAGACUAUUUGUCUGGCAUAAGACUUGCAGGAUUCACGUCCAGAAGACAGUGACUCUUACACCAUCCCGCGCUCACAUCGAAGGGGCCGUUCGAGGGAUUUUCCACAGCUGUAACUACACGGGAGGUAUUCGAUCAGAGCCUCAGAUGAGCACCCGGGUCUCGCGAGCAAGCUCAUUAAAUACAUACCCACAGAACCAGCCGAUCUGUCGCAAACGGAAGUGUGCCUUCCAGCCAAACGACUGUCUUCUGGCGUUCAACCAGAUCCCAGUCGACAACAAGGGUAACUUCGAGCCGAAUCUCAUGAAUAAUGUCGCCCGCGUCAAGCGGGGCAAUUGCACGGUUGUCGUUCGGACCACCGACCUAGCGCCCUUUCGCACCUCGCAUCCGCAACUGAACUCGGCCUUUAAACAGCUCCUCAGCCGAUGCGGCAAUCAUCCCGGAAAGAUCUUCGUCCCCGGCGGGACCGCUGGCCGCAAUGGCGCCAUCAAGCUCUCCAUCCGUGCCAGUCGAACCGACACCUGCAAGUAAGGCCUCUCGAGCCCCUUCCCCAUUCCUCCCAGGCCUCUCUGAGAGCAAUCAAAAUGGGAACAUGCCCACACUUUUACCUUCCUUCCUCUUCCACGUACUGCUGCUGGUUGUUUUCCUGUCUCCCCCUGUCUAGUCUAAUCUCACUCCAACAUAUUCCAUAACACUUAUGUAUCAUAAACACUGGUUUUUUCAUAUACCAUUUGCAUAUCUCUUGCAAACCUAUAGACUGUUACUAUAAUCUCUGAUAUGUCUUGAUAUACACAUGUGGUUGUAGAGAUAAUUUUCUUUUAUGUAUGUUGUGCUUUGACUACCUAUUAUUCUUCUUGCAUACAAGAUCAUUGCGUAUUUUCCACAGUUAGUCAUUGUACGGUUUACUUGUUGUGGAUGCAUUGAAGGCUUGUUUGAAGGAGAAUUGGAUUAGUAAACUUCUUGGAAAAUGCUGUGGCUUAGGAAAAUCAUCUGUAGACUACAUAGGGUUGUCAAAGCAGACAAAUCUCUGCCAAAUUUCCCUAAUGCCCAAUAAUACAAUACAUAUGAAAGCUCUUUUU